CAGAAAUUUUGGUCCGUCUACAAUAAUAUUGACGGUCCGGAAAAGCUCGGAUUUCGCAGUAAUCUGCAUUUCAUGCGUAAAGGCAUCAAACCGAUAUGGGAGGACCCUCACAACGAGUAUGGCGGAUCAUACAAUUUCAAGAUCCCUAAAUCACACUCGCCUAUAGCAUGGCGUGACCUAUUGGUAUUGCUGAUUGGCGAAAAAGUCGAAGGAUGGUUGGAGGAUACCGUGUGCGGUGUUUCUGUAUCAUCACGUCAACAAUGCGAUAAUUAUCAAAUUUGGACAGCGGGUCCCAGUGAUGAAGCCCGAGAAGCUACAAUUCGCUCAAAAGUGGUCGAUCUGUUAAAACCUGCAGAGAUCCAAUCCUUUUAUUUCAAAAGUAAGUGA